CAAUUGUUGACAUAAGAGAGCGUUAGUAUGACUUGAAUGACAACACAAUUGAUUGCAGUGUUUAUGAAACGCAUGACUUGUAUUACAUUUGAUGAUUGAUUUGCCGACAAUCAGCCAAACAGUGUCCAAAUGGUCAACAAUUUAUUAACAGCCGUAGUAUUGGCCGCCGGGAAGGGCUCACGAGUUAAUGAGUUGACCACUAGUUGUGCCAAAUGUCUGCUACCGGUGGCCAACAAACCCAUCAUUUAUUAUCCAUUGGAGACAUUGAUUAGAUCCAACUUUAAAGAAGUGAUUGUCGUUGUCUCAGAUACUGAGGAAGAAGUUAUAAGUAAAGCGUUAAAUGAUCUCAAAAUGAGUAUCAAUAUUAUAUUAGAGAAGAUUCCAUACAGUCGUGACUUUGGAACCGCUGAUAGUCUUCGGCUAAUCAAAGAUAAAAUUAAAAAUGAUAUAUUAGUGAUGAGUUGUGACACAAUUACUGAUUUUCCACUCAAGAGACUCAUUGAUUGGUAUCUUAUUUAUAAUCCAACCCUUUUAUCACUCAUAUCAUUGAUACCACCAAACAAUGAAAGUACAGUUCCCGGCCGUAAAGGCCGCGAUAAGAUUGAGAAAGAUCUUAUUGGAAUCGAUGCCAAUAAUGGCGAUCGACUGGUGUUUCUUAGCUCUGAAGCAGAUUUUGAUGAAAGUGUUGAGUUUAGUGUAUCGAUGUUAAAGAAAUGUCCGCAAUUCAGUAUCAAAAGUAAUUUACUCGACUCUCACAUCUAUAUUCUUAAGAAGUGGACACUUAAAUAUCUUGAAGAUAAUAAUAAAAUAUCUUCUCUGAAAAGUGAAUUUUUACCAUCACUUGUAAGAAAACAAUUUCGAAAACAAAUUAAAUCUUUUGCCAAUAAAAAGACAUCAUUGAAUCCGUCGUCAAUUAUCUCAUCUUCAGCGCUACCACUUAGAAAUAUUGCUGACUAUAUCGAUAUGAAUGACAUUGAGUUAACCCUAAAUAAAUUGGAGCCAAAUGUGGUGAUCAAUCAGUUAACAACAGACAAAAUGAAAAAAGAAAUGCCGAACACAUAUCCCGAAAGCAAAAUAAAAUGUUUUGCUUUUUGUUUAAACGAAGGAUAUUGUAUUCGUGCCAAUACUCUGUCCGGCUUUUGUGAAGCUAACAGAAUGCUAUUAAAACAAAUGAAUACUUCGGAUAAGAAACCAAUCAAAAGCCAGUCAUCGAUAUCAUCGAAAUCACAAAUCGAUGCAAUUGUUGGCAACAAUAAUAAGAUUGGCGACAAAUGUUCUAUAAAAAGAUCCAUAAUUGGCAACAAUUGUAUUAUAGGAGACAAAGUUAAGAUUAUGAACUCAAUUAUUAUGGAUAACGUUGUUAUUGAAGAGGGAUCUAAUAUUCAGGGAAGUGUUAUUUGUUUGUCGGCUAAAAUUCAGAGUAAUGUCGAAAUUAAAGAUUGUGUCAUCGCUUCCAACCAAAUUGUUCAUUCUUUGGCUAAACUAACAAAUGAAGUACUUAUGGAUUUGGAUCAAAUGAUGGAAUUGUGAUUAUUAUUUAUAUAUUUUGUGCUAAUAUUAAUUUUACAUUA